CUGUGCAAACGGGGGGCGUACGUGUCGUCUCGAGCGUGCUUGCAAGACAGUCCCUGGUGGAGUGUAUAAAUUGGGGCCAUCAGGUUGUGCUUUACCUUCUCCAGCUGAGCUCUGGCUCACCAUAGGACCCUGCUGACCAUGAGGCUCGUUCAAGCGCUUACUCUGUGUCUGGCUCUCUCACUGAGCCUUGCUGCUCCCUCGCAUCAUCAGGAGGGUCAUGAUAAAAAAGACAAACCUCAUGCUGACGGACAUCAGCAUGAAUUGCACCAUGGCGCUAAGCUUGACCGCUGUGCCGGAAUGGAGUUUGAUGCAGUCGCUGUGAACGAGGAGGGAAUUCCUUAUUUCUUCAAGGGUGACCACCUGUUCAAGGGUUUCCAUGGCAAGGCUGAACUGUCUAAUGAAACUUUCCCUGAGCUGGACGACCAUCAUCACCUGGGACAUGUGGAUGCUGCAUUCCGCAUGCACUCUGAAGACAGCCCAGACCACCAUGACCACCAGUUCUUCUUCCUGGACACUAAGGUCUUCAGCUACUACAAGCACAAACUGGAGAAGGGCUAUCCCAAAGAUAUCUCUGAAGUUUUCCCUGGAAUUCCUGACCACUUGGAUGCUGCAGUGGAGUGUCCCAAGCCAGACUGUACUGAUGACACCAUAGUCUUUUUCAAAGGUGAUGAGAUCUACCACUUCAAUAUGAAGACGAAGAAGGUUGAUGAAAAGGAAUUCGAGAGCAUGCCCAACUGCACAGGAGCCUUCCGUUACAUGGAUCAUUAUUACUGCUUCCAUGGACAUCAGUUCUCCAAGUUUGACCCCAUUACAGGAGAAGUCCAUGGCAAAUAUCCAAAGGAGAGCCGUGAUUACUUCAUGAGAUGCUCACAUUUUGGAAGUAAGAGCACUGAUGACCACAUAGAGAGAGAACAGUGCAGCCGUGUGCACUUGGAUGCUAUUACAUCUGACGACGAUGGCAGUGUAUAUGCUUUCAGAGGGCACCACUUCCUCAGCAUAACUGGUGAUAAGUUUCAUUCAGACACAAUUGAGAGUGCUUUUAAAGAGUUACACAGUGAAGUGGAUGCAGUCUUCUCUUAUGAAGGCCAUCUCUACAUGAUCAAGGAUAGUGAAGUGUUUGUGUACAAAGUUGGAGAGCCACACACACACCUAGAGGGUUACCCCAAACCCCUGAAGGAGGAGCUGGGAAUUGAGGGUCCUGUAGAUGCUGCCUUUGUGUGCGCAGACAAACACAUUGCUCAUGUCAUCAAAGGUCAAACAGUCUAUGAUGUUGACUUGAAAGCCACCCCACGUGUGCCUGUGAAGGAAGGAAGCAUAACACAAUUCAAAAGGAUUGAUACUGCAAUGUGCGGACCCAAGGGUGUGACGGUUGUCAUCGGUAACCAUUACUACAUUUAUGAAAGUCCCAUGAUUAUGAUGAUGGCCAAAAUCAUACCUGAACAGCACAGGGUGUCUCAGGAGCUGUUUGGCUGUGACCACUAGAGGGUGGUGUACAGAGAAAGAAAAGAGGAACUGCUGUGCAAGUGACUUAGUCUAUACAGAUUGCGUGGAAAUCUCUUAAAACAUACAUAGAAACUGCACAGACUAAUUUUCAAGCAUUGCCAUAUCCACUUUUUUCUAACAUUUGUCACUCUGAUCUGAAAAUAAAAUUCCUGCCUUUAAUGUUCUUCUCAAAUAACCCGGCUUUCUUCAAACAUGUGAACAUCUAUACAAUCCUGGCUUUGCCAUUGCACAGUGUUGGCUAAUGUAUAUGUGUCUACUACCACCGAGCCUGUAAUAUUUUAUCUGAAGCUCCGUCAAAGUAUAAGACCUGAUUAUUUCUCCUUGAUCUGUGCACUGUGUGGUUAAUAAAUAAUCAUAUCUUUCA